AAAGGGAAGGUCCAUCCGGUAAGUAGAAUGGAGAAGUGGGAGGAGAAGAUCACUGAAGCUAAUAGGCAAGGCAAAAUUCUCGUGGUGAAUUUCAAGGCUUCGUGGUGUUUACCGUGUAAGAAAAUAGCACCCAUAUACCAGGAGCUUGCAUCCACAUACACCUCAAUGAUAUUUGUCACUAUAGACGUCGAAGAGCUCGCUGAGUUUAGUCAUGAAUGGAACGUGGACGCAACUCCAACAGUAGUGUUCCUUAAAGAUGGGAGGCAAAUGGAUAAACUUGUAGGUGGAGAUGCUGCAGAGCUUCAGAAGAAAACUGCAGCAGUUGCAGAUCUCCUUCUCAGACAAUCUUAACGGUUUUUCUAGUUUCCAUGUCAGAAACAAAUAAACAGUUGAUAGUAGUUAUUUGCAGAUCAUGUUAGUAUCACUGAGAUUUUUGUUAUUAACUUUGAUGCAUACAUGUAGUGUUAAUCUCAAUCAAUAUUAACUUCUGAC